AACCACUCCAAGUCAGAAGAGGGCGCUAGACGUUCAGAUUGCAACGCUUCCGCCAGACACUUCUGCUUUGCCGUAGUGUUGUGAUGUGAAUUGAAACCAAGAUGGCGUCUACGGAAUAGCUAGUUAAAUUGGUAUACAAUAUUUCAUUUGCCGCAUAAUGUUUUAUACAUUUCGUUUGUUCUAUGUCAGUGUUAGAUUAACAAUACAUUCUGACAAAUUCAGUUUGGGCCGAGAGAGGUGUUGCUAAAUUGUUUUACCUAGAUCUCUAGCUAGCAUGAUAGCAGUAGUAUCGAGCAAGUAUGCGACCAGUUUAGAACGGUAAUAAAUGUUCUAUUCACAAGUUAACUUGCUGUAUUAGCUAUCCUAAAGCAUGAUGGAGACUCCGCGUGAGGAGGAACUGCGGCCGGUGCCUCGUGAGCGGGCGAUUCUGGAGAGUUUCUUCACGCAGCUCGGAAUGUUCUCGUUCGACCGGGCGAAAGAUUAUGUGGAGAAAGAGAAGGACAGUAGCAAGAGCGCAGGGGCCAUCUGGGCCGCUCUCCUUGCCGCCUUCGCACACCUUGCCGCAGCGGAGAAGGCCUAUCACAACAUGACGUUCCUGGGACAAAAACUGGGCGGACAGUCGUUCUUCAGCCGCAAGGACUCCAUCCGCACCAUCUACACCUCCCUGUUCAACGCGCUGAGGAAGGUGGUGACCAUGGGGCGCCACGCCCAGCCAGGCUCCGCACCCUACCUGGAGGACCUGCUGUCUCACCUGUCGGAGCAGCUGUGCCACUUCACCCAGGCCCGCAUGGAGAUGGCUGACCUGUACGAGAAGAUGCACGCGCUGGGCAGCCAGAAGAACAUCAACUCAGAGGAGCUGGUCGCCACCCUCGAGGCAGUGCUGCAGAAAUACAGCUCCAGGUUCCACCACCCCAUCCUGGGCCGCUUGGAGGGGGGCUUCCAGACAGAGGUGGAUGUGGUGACACAGCUCCUGCGCUGCCAGGCACAGGUGUCAGAGUGGCACUUCCUGCCCGCCCUGCUCAGCCUGCACGGGGCUAGCUCUAAGCUCACUGCCUGGGGACAGCUCUUCCAGCGCCAGAGGGAGACCCGCAAACACCUGUUCGGAGGCCAGUCCCAGAAGGCAGUGCAGCCACCCCACCUGUACGUGUGGCUGCAGCGCCUCCAGGGGGCGCUCCUGGCUAAAUUCAGCUUCUACUUUCAUGAGGCGCUGAGCAGGCAGACGGUGUCCGCAGACAUGAAGGCCCUGACAGCACGCACGGCGCCCGAUUACCACGGCAAGAUCUGUUCGUUUAUCCGCAAACACGAUGCCAACAACGUGUCGCUGGUGUUCGACAACCGCGGCUUGGACAGCUUCCAGGGCCACGGCUACCACCACCCGCAUUCGUACCGCGAGGCGCCCAAGGGUGUGGAGCAGUUCCCCGCCGUGGUGUCCCUUCCCGGGGGCGAGCGGCCACUCACGCACUGGCCCAACGUCAUCAUGAUGAUGGGCGACCGCGAGGCGGAGCUCAACACGCUGGAGAAGGUGGUACACUUCUACGACGACAAAGUCCAGAGCACUUACUACCUGACCCGACCAGAAUCGCACUUCACCCUGGUGGUCAUCUUCGAUGGCAGGAAGUCCGAGAAGGACUCGCACAUCACCGCCUUCCUGCAGGAGAUCUCUGGCUCGCUAAGGAACUCCAAACCAUUCAGCACCCUCAAACCUGGCUCCAAAGGCUGAGAGAGAGAAAUGCCCUACUUCAUAUACAUCGUAAACUGACUGUCCCCAUAAAGGGGAAGCGUGCGUGUGUAUCGUUAUAACAGAGAGACGAGGGAUUGUUCCAGUUCCGUAGACAGACAGGAUGGACAAAGUUGUCUAAUCAUUAGGAAAGCUUCUUGAGUAACAUUGUUGCAAUAUUCUGAUUUGGUUUUAGCUUCUUAAAAAUGAGUGGCCAGGACCUUUUGCUUUACUACUUGAUAUUUCAAAUAUAAUUAGAACCUCGGCAUUAGCUUGUUUUUAAAUCAGAGAAUGGCUUGAACCCGUGGUCCAACUGUUGGUUCUGUUGAGCAUCGUGCUUUGAAUCCUUUAGUUUGUUUUGCCAAAUCAGUUCCAGACCAAAGAUGUGCGUCACUGACUAUUAGACGCAGCGUGGCCUUCUCACAGUGAACUGCUCUAUCGAGACUUUUGACCUGUUUCUAUUCCAACACAGGAUAGCCAACUUCCUAUCCCCGUCAGGGAUGUAAUGAUGCGAUGUACUGAAAAAUCUUUUGCUUAAUUUAUGUAUACUUUUAACAUUUGUUUGUUUACUGUUUUAACAGAAGUGCUUAAUUUGGUUUCACUGUAUGUCAUCUUAUUUAGCUGUUUAAUUCCCGAAAUAAAGUUGAGACGACUGUAGGAAAAAAAG